AUGGACUCGGCGCCAGCCUUCGCCAUGGACAAGUCGUUCGCCCCCAGCGGCGUGCGCGGCCCCGAGCCGCCCGAAAACCCCCAAAGUCGGAAAAACUUCAGCGUCAGCCACCUCCUUGACCUGGAGGAGGUGGCGGCCGGGAUGAACGGGACCCCCCCGGCCGGUCCUCCGCCCGCCGGUAGCGGUAAGGCCGUACCGGAGCCGUCGGGAGGCAGCAGCGGCAGCGAGGCAACGCCCCAGGACGGUGAGAGCCUGAGCCCGAGCCGGGGGGCGGCCAAGAGGAAGAAGAAGCAGAGGAGGAACCGCACCACCUUCAACAGCAGCCAGCUGCAGGCUCUGGAGAGGGUGUUCGAGAGGACUCACUACCCUGACGCCUUCGUGCGGGAGGAACUGGCCAGGAGGGUGAACCUCAGCGAGGCGAGAGUCCAGGUCUGGUUCCAGAACCGCCGCGCCAAGUUCCGCCGCAACGAGCGAGCGAUGCUGGCCAACAGAUCAGCAUCACUGCUCAAGUCCUACAGCCAGGAGGCAGCCAUCGAGCAGCCCAUGGCACCACGACCCACCACGCUCAGCCCAGAGUACCUCUCCUGGAGCAGCACCUCCCCGUACAGCACUGUGCCCUCCUACAGCUCCAGUGGGACUGCGACGCCCACCCAAGGGGUCAACAUGGCCAACAGCAUCGCCAGCUUGCGCCUCAAAGCCAAAGAGUUCAGCCUCCAUCAGAACCAGGUUCCCACUGUGAACUGA